AUGAAGUCAGUCGUAGUAGCCCAUUGUCUCGUGAUAAUGGCAAGAACAGCCGCAUGCCUUAUGGGGAAAAAAGCACAGCCUGUUUACGAAGAUGCAAAGUGCACAAAUGACAACAAGAUAGCUCUGUUAAACCUUCAGGGCGUGUGGAAUGUCUUCCCAUGCCCAGAUGAGCACAAAUGUGUAAAGGAAGGAGACAUGAUACGGUGCAUGAAGGAUGACACACAAAAUAGUCAGAAUGCCCCCCGAGUGAAAAUACACACAGUUACAGUUACGCUCCCAAGCUCAGACUAUGCCACAAAGACGCCCUCCAUAGCACCCACCAGCAGACCAUCAGAUGGAUCGAGCCAAAGCGCAAAUGCAUCAGCACCAAGCGCACAGAUGAAUGAGCCGCAGAAGAAAGAUCUGCUAAAAGACCUCACUGACCCAGGCCUACCAGGACAGAUGCACAUUAAGCCCAACAGAAAGGGAAGCAAUCAGCCAGGCAAUCAGAUGAACAACUCAUCAGGUAGUCAAAUGAAUAAUCAAAUGAGCAAUCAGCCAGCUAAUCA